AGUUAAAAUCGAUGAAACGCAGAAACAGCCCAAAUGGAAGAGAAUUUUGCUGAAAUACGAGCCUUGUUACCCCCAGAAUGCGUUCCCAUUUGGGAUAAAAUGAUGAGCAUUGAUAUGUCAGAAUUUUUUACUGUCAAGAAAAAGACUUUACCCAUUGAAGACUGGAAAGGGCAUAAAAUGCAACCUUCAUUCAAAGCUGAAACCGUCCGGUUUGCUUAUGAAGAUUGGACGCCAAGAGAAGGCGACGUAUUCGUUGUGGCCUAUCCUAAAACAGGACUAAAUUGGACAAACGAAAUUGUAAAACAAUUGUUAUACUUUGGACAAGAACGAGACUACAGAAUAAUGUCAAGUCAGGCAAUGGUCAUGAGCCUUAUUGAAGGAGGGUGGUCUGAAAAAUACAAAAUAUUUGAUGCAAUGCCAUUAAAAAGAAGAAUAUUAUGCACACAUUUACCUGCACCAGUGAUAAAUGUCGACAAAAUCAAGAAAGUCAACGCGAAGGUUGUCUACGUGUUGCGCAAUCCCAAAGAUCAAGCAGUGUCCUGGUUUAACUUCAUUCCAAAGUUGCCGAAUCUACAAAUCGAACCGCUAGAUAAAUUAUUUGGAUCAGACUGGGCUACUUUUCUGGACAGCUUUAUUGCGGGCAAAAUGCCCAUCGGUAUGCGUGACGGGGAAUGGUAUUUGGACCAUAUUUUAGGAUGGCUACAGCAUAGAGACGAUAAGAAUGUGAUGUUUUUCUAUUACGAAGAUAUGAAACAGAAUCCGGUAAAAGAAUUUAGCAGAAUGGCGAAGUUUUUGGAUUUAAAUCUCACUGAAGAAAACAUACGAGAAGUUGCCGAGAAAGUUGCCUUUUCGAGCAUGAAAAAAUCAGAUCAAAAAAGCGGAAAAGAAAAUGUUGAUCAAAAUUUGAGAAAUCAACUUGGAAUACUUAGAAAAGGUGAAGUUGGUGGUUGGAAAGACCAUUUCACGGUUGCUCAAUCUGAACAGAUGGACAAAGAAGUGAAGAACAAACUUGGAAAUACUGAUAUAAAAUUCAAAUACACUUUAUAGUUAGAUAGAAAAAAGUUGAAAAUGAAGCACGUUUAAAUACAAGUUAUUAAUAUACCUAAAUAUAUGAAAUCAUGUGUUUUCCUUCUAUAGCUGGUUCGACAAUAUUAUAUGCUAUAUACGUUUGGAGAAGCAAGCUAAUUCGGCAUGUUUUAACACCGCUUUUGUACGCCCUCAAUACUUUGUGAAUGUCGAAAUCAUAGCAGUUAACAAAUAAAAGUGUGAUUUUUCAA